AUGGCUCACCAAGCACACGCAUUCCACAUAGUUGACCCAAGCCCAUGACCACUAACAGGAGCUACCGCUGCUCUUCUCAUAACAUCAGGCUUAGCUAUUUGAUUCCAUUUCCAUACAUUAACCCUAUUAUAUUUAGGAUUAGCUCUACUUCUAUUAACUAUAAUCCAAUGAUGACGUGAUAUUAUCCGAGAAGGAACAUUCCAAGGUCAUCACACACCCCCAGUACAAAAAGGACUACGAUAUGGCAUAAUCUUAUUCAUUACAUCAGAAGUAUUCUUUUUCCUAGGUUUCUUUUGAGCCUUUUACCAUUCAAGCUUAGCCCCCACCCCUGAACUAGGAGGAUGCUGACCCCCUACAGGAAUCUUCCCACUUGAUCCAUUCGAAGUUCCACUCCUAAAUACCGCAGUCCUCUUAGCCUCAGGCGUUACAGUAACCUGAGCACAUCACAGCAUUAUAAAGGGUAAUCGAAAAGAAGCCAUCCAAGCCUUAACAUUAACCAUCAUACUAGGUUUCUAUUUCACAACCCUCCAAGCUAUAGAAUAUUACGAAGCACCUUUCACUAUCGCCGACGGUGUCUAUGGCACAACAUUUUAUGUUGCCACAGGCUUCCACGGACUCCAUGUUAUUAUUGGCUCAACAUUCCUAGCAAUUUGCUUGCUACGACAAAUCCAAUAUCAUUUUACAUCAGAACAUCAUUUCGGCUUUGAAGCAGCUGCAUGAUACUGACAUUUUGUAGAUGUAGUAUGAUUAUUCCUUUAUGUUUCCAUCUAUUGAUGAGGCUCAUAA